GGGACGCCCUGGGUAAGGGAAAAGGGAGCCGAGCGCUUGUGGCAGCGCGGGCUGCACAGAGAGAGAGUGUAGUGUGCGGCCCGCGAGAACCCGGCGCGGGGUCCCACGAGAAGACGGCACCCCUCGGGGUCUUGCCAAGAGGCAGGACUACAGAACAGUACCCCUAAAUGGAAAGAGACUACAGGGCUGAUCAGAGGGUUGAGAAACAAGGAAGGCUUCUGAAGGAGAGCCAAUUCCUCCCCCACCUAAAUCCUUGUUGCUAUGGAGACCACCAAUGGGACUGAGACCUGGUAUGAGAGCCUGCACUCUGUUCUGAAGGCUCUAAAUGCCACUCUUCACAGCAACCUGCUCUGCCGGCCAGGGCGAGGGCCAGACGACCUGACUGAGGAGCGGCGAGACAGCCCACCUAGCCGUGAUGACAACUCUUACAUGUACAUUCUCUUCGUCAUGUUCCUAUUUGCUGCCACCGUGGGCAGCCUCAUCCUGGGGUAUACCCGCUCCCGCAAAGUGGACAAGCGCAGUGACCCCUAUCAUGUGUACAUCAAGAACCGUGUGUCUAUGAUCUGAUCUAGGGGGCUAGACAGCGGAAGGUCAAGGCACCAGAAUUCAGCUAUGGACCACAUCAGGCCUUAGUGUCCCUAUCUGUCAGAUCAACAAGAAACAAUGGCAGGGGAGGCCAUCUUUGGGGUGGGAGGAGAAGGGCUGGAAGAUCUGGGCCUUCUGAAUAAGGAUUCUUUUUUCCAGCAAAGACAGACUUUAGAGACAGUGGGAGCUCCAAGAACAAAUAUAUAGAAGUAGCAAAAGAUAAUGACCAAUAACUGGUCCAAUGGCUGGAAUAUGAGGGGCAGGAGCCUGGAGGAAGGAGGAGGACAUUGUGGCAGAGGGAAAUGAAACAGGAAGAUGCAUUAAGGACAUGUUUUUUGAUGUGUUAUCUUCAAUGACCAUGUGAAGCAGUGAUGAUUAUCCCAUAUCACAGACAGGAAAUCUGAAUAAUGUUACUUACUUAAGUUUGUUCAUAUUUUGUGUUUUUCAACACAUUCAACAUUUGUGAUUUUACCCCACUUUUAGGGAAAGCAGGGCAAGCACCAAUUUGUCCAUUUGGGCCAGACUGGAACCCAGGAACUCUGGUCUCCUUGUCUAGUGCUUUACAAAACUCUGUGCCACACGGGAGUGAAUCCAGGCCUGAAACUUACACAAUUCUUCAGGCCCUCUUUAAGAAAAAGAUUUCUAAAAUACCUUACUUUUGCAAAUAAUACAAAAACAUAUUACUGUGUUAGUAUAUUGCUAGGGCCUCUCCUAAGACCCUGAGAAGUAGUCAUGCAAAUGCAAGGCCCUGAAUGUCAAGCCACUUUAGCUCCAUAGCUCAUGUGCCUCUCCAGCCAUGUCACAAUGCUCUUCCCAGCCACAUAUCCAGACAUGGGGACUUGACUACCUCUAAUGCAGCCUCUUCCUAUUUGAGUUCUGUAAGCAAUAGUCUAGUACCAAAUUGAAAUCUGCUUCUAGAAUACUAUUAUCACACCUAGAAGAUGAUCAUAUUAAAAGAAGCAGAGUAUACAAGGCAGGUACCUGGUUCAGCAGAAAGAGAACCAGAUCUCUUUCCACCAUUAAUAUGGUAUAUGAACUGGCUAGUCACUUCUCUCUCUGAUCCUUUUCCCUCUUCAGCACAAUGAAAUAAUUAGACUUGAAAGUUUUCAAGGGCUCUACCACUUCUGACAUUCUAGCCUUCACAUACAUUAGGUUGAACCAUAUAAGACUGUUAUGUUUGUAGGUAAAAAGCAGCUGAAAUCAGUAGUUUCAUAUGGUUCAAUCCAGUAUGUGCAGUGUGGCUGGUGAACACUUCACAAGCUACAAAUCCCAGGCCAGAAUCUCCCACUGUGUUGUUUGAUUUCUAUCUAAGGGAUCUCUGUGGGGUCUUCAGAAGGCCCUGCUGAAACAUACAUAUCUAUGUAGAGGAAAAACUCUGAAAAAAAUAUUUUGAUAGUAGUUAUCUCUGAGGAGAAGGAUUAUGGGUAAUUUUCCCUUUUCACUUAAAAAAUUAUGUAAUAUUUGAUUUAUUUCACUGUAAGUAUGUUCUUGUAUAAUAAGGUGGGGGUGGAGGGGAACUACUUUCACUUAGAAAAGUACAAAUAAAUGCCUGUGUGUUUCUUGAA